UCUCUUUGGAGAAGACAGUCGGCCAUUUUAGGUUCAUCAGUCGUCAUUUCACAUCGCUACAGUAGGACGGAGAACGUCAGGACUCAAUUUCAUCAUAUUUCUAUUACAACUGUAGUGGAGAAUUGCCUACUAUGAACUGAAACUUCCUAAAAUCAAAAACAAGUAGAUCAUAGUGAAGUGACGCAUAAGCCAGUAGAUUCCAGUGUCGAGUUGUAAUUUUUUGCACCUCAAUGUAGCUAGAGGAAAUGGCUGUGGAAAGCAUGACUGUCCAUCCAAACUCCCCAACUACCAACCACGAACACAACAGUCUCCUGACUGACGAAAGUCCCCAGUUGGCAAAUUUGCUGUAUGUUACCCAGUUGGCCCCAGUUCCAUGUCCCACAAACCCCACUAGUGUCCCUAAAAGGCUAGGAAAAACUUUUUCAAUGGUUUUGAGUGCAAAAUGUGAAGAAAACCUGUCACAGCCAGAGGAUGGAGAGCUGGAGGAGGGCGAACUGGAAGAUGACGGGGGAGAAAUAGAGGAGGAGGAGAUAGGCGGAGGUGCAUCUGCAGCAGGCGGAGGUGGAGAUGGGGGUGAUGAAGCAGGCGGAGGAGGUGAGGCAGGAGGGGAGGGGGCUGGCGAGAGGCCUCGCCGGAGUCGAGAACGCCACCCCAGCAGUGACUCUAAUGACGAGAGAUCCCACCGUCGCAAGAGGAAGAGAAAGAAAGAGCGAGAGAGGGAGAAGAGGAGGUCCAAGAAGAAACGUAAAUCCAAACACAAACGUCAUGCAUCCUCUGAUGACGACCACUCAGACUACAGUGAUGAGUCCGACUACAGUCCCAGUGAGAAGAGGAAGUAUAGAGAGUACAGUCCUCAGUACCCCCCAACUUCUCAUGGAGGCUAUGGUGGCUCAAAGAAGGGCAGCUACAUGAAGAUGGACAAGCAGAGCUAUGGAGGCUACGAUGACUAUGAGGAUGAUAACUACGAGGGAGAGGAGGACGAGGACAUGGGGGAUGAAGACUACGACGACUUUACCAAGGAGCUCAACCAGUACCGCAAGGCCAAGGAAGUGGGAGGUGGCCGUGGCGGACGGGGGGGUAAAGGUCGUAUGAAAAGCCAGCGAGGCCGUGGAGGAAUGAGAGGAGGGAGGAGGGGUAGGGGAGGAGGCAGAGGGAGAGGAGGCCGAGGUGGAGGAGGAAAGAUGGGAGGAGACAAUGAUGAUGGAGAUGGCUAUGGAGACGACAUGGAGUAUGGAGAUGAUGACUAUGACAACAUGGGGGAUGAUGACUACGAUGACUACUCAAAAGAACUCAAUCAGUACAAGAAGUCCAAAGACAGAGGCAGAGGAGGUAAAGGGGGCCGUGGGCGAGGCAGAGGUAAAGGAGGGCGGGGUAUGAUCAGAGGAGGAAAGGGUCGAAACAGGGGGAGAGGAAGAGGUGACAUGAUGAAUGAUGAUGACAACAACGGAGACAUGGACAAUGGGGAUGGAGGUGAUGGUCCAGGACUGGGGAGGAGGAAUCAGAAUGAAAAACAUCAGGAUAAGAAAGGAAAAGCCAUCUGCAAAUACUACAUUGAGGGGAGAUGUACCUGGGGGGACCACUGCAACUUCAGUCAUGAUAUUGAGUUGCCUAAGAAGAAGGAGCUGUGCAAGUUCUACAUAACUGGAUUCUGUGCCCGAGCCGACCACUGUCCUUACAUGCAUGGUGAAUUCCCCUGUAAGCUGUUCCACACCACAGGUAACUGUGUCAAUGGUGAUGAGUGCAUGUUUUCACAUGAAGCCCUCAAUGACGACACUCAGGAGCUACUCAACAAGAUGCUGGCAGAGGAUGCCGAGGCUGGAGCUGAGGAUGAGAAGGAGGUGGAGGAACUGAAGAAGCAGGGGAUCAACCCUCUCCCCAAACCCCCUCCUGGAGUUGGCCUCCUCCCGACCCCUCCUCGGCCUGUUCCUGUAGACACCAACGCAGGGCCUGGGGAUUUUGGUGGGCCUGUUUUGGGUGACUUUGGGGGUCUUCCUGGCCCCAACCAGGGGCCCAUGGCCAACAAAGGACCCCCAGGACCAGGGCCUGUUCCCGGGCCUAAUCCUUGUGCCGGUCCCCCUAUCCAUGGCCCUGAUGGAAGUCCCUUCCAAGGUGGGCCUCCAAAUCCCAGUGGCCCUCCUCCCCACAUGGGGCCCCCUCCUCCUUGUCCAGGAGGGGGAGGUGGUGCUGGGAAGAAAAUCCCUUCAUUGUUCGAGAUUAAAGUUCAGCCGACAGGACAGCUGGCUCAGAAACUGGCCGUCAGAAGCCAGACUCCCAGUGGCAGCCAGGGUCAGACUGCAGCACCUGGACCCCAAGGGGCCCCUGGAGCCACCCCUACUCGUUUUCCUGCCCCUCCAGGCAUGAUGUCCCCUGACAUGCAGAACAUGGGCCCCAAUCUCGGGAUGAACCAAGGGCCCCCCAACAUGGGCCCUGGUGGACCACCCAUGAUGGGAGGAUUUGCACCUGGUGAUGGCCCCCCACAUGGAGGUCCUAUGCCCCCAGGUCCCGCUCAGGGUGGAGGAAACUUCUUUAAUAAUUUCUUCAAUCAGCAGGAGGGUAUGAACAUGGAGGGAGUGGUACAAGAAGGUGACAACUAUCAGGGUUUUGCUGGCAUGGAUGAAAGAGGAGGGGCAGGGAAAUUUCAGUCAGGUGGUCAAGAAGGCUCUGCUAAUGGAGCGUCAGCCAAUCAGGGAGGUAUUUCUGUUCCUGACUUCCUGCCUCCAGCUCAGCGUGUCCUGUUCAUGAGGAUCCAACAGAAGCAGCAGGAGGAAGAGGAAAGAGCUCGCAGGAUGGCCGAGGGAGGCGCAGAGAAGAGUAGAGACACUGAAGGUGAUUCAGGGAACUGGUAUUCCAGUGAGGAUGAGGAUGGCGGUGGUAGUGUGACCUCAAUCUUGAAGACGCUCCGUCAGCAGACCCAGGCUCCUCAAAAGUCUGACGGCCCCCCGAGCGACCCUCGCCUGCAGAAGGCCUCCCCCGCCAACCCUCCAGCUCGCCCAGCAGACCCCCGCUUGGUUCGAGAUCCACGCCUGGCACGUGCUGCAGAGUCAACUCAGAUCUCCGACUCCACCCACUCCAUGCCUGCUCCAUCUUCCUCCGGACCGCCUGCAGACCCAAGGUUAGCCCGACUAGCAGCUGCUGCCUCAGCUGGAUCCACCUCCCUCUCGCCUCCCGCUGCUAAACCAGAACCUCCUCUGGUCUACAAGCCCCCACCACUUACAACGCCGGCAGUGGAUGAGGAGGAGACAGAGCGAGUUUUACGGGACAAGCCAGUACCAAUUCCUCUGGACCCACUCAUGGGCAUGGCUCUGAGGGACCCACGCUGUCAGCUGCAACAGUUCAGCCACAUCAAGAAGGAUAUUGUUCUCCACAUGCCGGCAUUUGCCAAAACCAUCACCUGGUCACCCGAAGAUCUCCUUCCACUCCCAAUCCCCAAGCAAGACCUGCUUCCACUCCCACCAGGCAUCCCCCCUGUGUCCUCUCUAGACCCACGUCUGUCCCGCACUCAGCAGCAGCACCACACAUCGCUCCCUCACUCACAGACUCCUCCUGUACAGACUCCUGCUUCCAUGGACCCGCCUGCUCCCUCCUCCUCCACCUCCUCCCUCCCAGACUUUGAGCUGCUGUCUCGCAUCUUGAAAACGGUCAAUUCCAGCCCGUCCCAGACCCCCUCCCCUCCUCUCUUACCCACCCCUGCUGCCCCUAUGUCGCUGCUGAGCUCAUCUCCUGCCAUGACUCCCACACCUGCAGAAAAGCCUGCUGAUCCUCGUAUGGCCCGUAAAGGCCCCACAGACCCCCGUCUCCAGCCACAGAAGUCAGCACUGAAGCAGCCAUCAGAACCCACACCUCCUCCUGUCCCCUCUACAUCUCCAGCAACAACAUCUAGCUCCUCCCCUCCUACCAUCGCCCCCUAUGACCCAAGGCUGCUCUCCUCAGGUGGGGCAGGGCGCAGUGUUGGGGCUGGGGCACCAGGGGGAGCCAGCGUGCUGAGCAGCAUCAGUCUGUAUGACCCACGGACUAACAAACCAGGCAGCCCUGGUACCAGCAGUGGCUCUAACAACUCCCCCAACUCAGCCAGCACAGAGUCCAAACCCAGUGAACCCACAGCGGGUAAACCCAAGUCCAAGGAGCCCCUGUUUGUUCGGAAGUCUGCGUUGGACCAACCUGAGUCAGAGAAAAGUGGAGAGCAAGGGACGGAUCGAUACAACAGCUAUAACAGGCCCCGGCCCAAGCCUGCACCCUCGCCUAACUCCACGGCCCAGGGAGGACCCGCUGCAGGGACAGCUGCAGCUGGAGGUCAGGGUGCUCCUGGAGCCACUGCAGACCAGGGGCCUGCAGGCAUCCACAACCUGCCAGUGUCCUCUCUAUUUGGCGUGGUGAAGCAGGCGACCAAGCCUGGUGGGACAAACAGCCCCUUUGGAGGAAACAGCCCGGCACAGCCUGACCAGGCGGCCACAGAGCAGGACAACGCCUCACUGAAGGACGUUUUCAAAGGCUUUGACCCCACGGCCUCACCCUUCUGUCAGUGACCCCCUGACCACGAAGCCUAUCAUGGUUGGCCGUUGGAUUGUUUUAUCAUUGUUGGACACUGAGCAGAUUAGUGAAGAGGACAAGAGGAAAGCGCACUGAGGCAACUGCCUGUAAGACUGGUUAAGACAAAUGUGGUGAACAAACUGAUGUUUCAUGCACACACAGACAUACAAACACGCAGUGUUGCAUUCAGAUUCAGAGAUUCAGAUUCUAUAAAAGAAACUCUUGGGAUAUGGGAGGGGUUUAAAAAUUAAAUCUCUAAAUCUCUAUUUUAAACAAAGUUAUUGAUGUAUAAAUAAAUGUAUUCUCAUCUCAAUGCUUAGUGAAAACAGUUAUUCAGACAGCAGCAAAAACAUUUAUAUUCGCGUUGUUUCAUUAUUCCCUGCAUUUCAUUCUUUCAGCUGCAUUUUUUGUAAACUGUUUGAUGUGUUUGUCUAUGUUUUGGGGCAGUUAAAGUUGGCAGAGCUCUUGGCAACAGGUGAACAAAUACAUUUCUUUUCUCACAUUUUCACAACAAAAUACGUGAAUAAAAACAGCACUGAGGCAACUCCUUUAGCCUUGUUGCCCAUCCAUAACAUAUUGCCCUCUAAACCCUGCCUUUGCAUUCAUUGUUGUUAUUUUUAGAAACUUUAGUUUGUCAAACAAAGGCAUACAUUGUGUCAUUAUGACUCUCCAUGUCACAUUUUCUGUAGAAACACUUGCAAAUAUCUAAACUUAAAUCUAUAUUCUGCUUGAUUUUUUUGAGUAUUUAUUUUUCUACUUCUUUUUGUGUCCUCUGAGGGUUGUAUUAAUAUUUUUAAUGUCUGCAGCUCCUCUAGGUGUUCAUACACGGUUUCAUUUCAGGUAUUUAGCUCUUACCCAAAACAGGUAAUUUUUGCUGUCACAGGAAUUGACCUGUGACCUUUCAGUACUGCCUCUACACCACUACACCACUGUUCCUUUUCCCCAAUUUACUAAAAAUUUCCCUUUGUUGGUAAAUGGAGAAACGACUUUCAAGUUAACAUUUUAUCAGUCUGUGAAAAUUGAGAGUACUUCACUAACAAAAGCCUCUACAGCUUUAAGGCAGCAGACGUGGAGAAGAGAUUUUGCUGCUCAGACUAAUGACACAGGCAUCACGUCCCUCUCUAGUGGCACAUUUUAGCUGGCUGAUGAUUAGCCAUAGAAUUAGUGGUGUUGCAGGGACAAGUUUCUUUUUUUUUUCUGCUGAAAAGAUGAUGUUUCCCAAAGGCUCAGCCUUGGUCAGAGUAGGACACUUUGACUCACUGAUUGAAAAUCCAUCUAGAUUUUAGCGUUUAGUUAUUUUGUCUUAAUGUUUUGUUAAGAAUGGAAAGAAAUCCUACAGGGCAUAACUGCAGAUUUCUGAGGAUGGAAAAAUGUGUAGCCUUACAGCAUCCAUUUACAAGUAUGGCUCUAGUGGUUGGUGGCAGUGUGACAAUCAUAAACUAGACUUGGACCUAAAAUUCAAUUAAUGCAUAAAUCUUGCAUUGAUAUGUUUAGGUGCUCCCUCUACUGUCAGUCUGAGCUCUCCAUAAAGAGAACAUGUUAAAAAAAAACAUUCAACACAAACUGAACAUGCUCAGGCUUACAGUAGUAAAAGUGCACACUUCAUAGUGUUAAAACUUUAAAUCCAGAACCUCCCUGACUAGUCCAUACCUUAUACCAACAGUUGAAGUCAGAAGUGAGUGCUGCAUCUGAAUCAGGGUGAGGACAAGUGUUCCUGUAUGUGUUCCUUCUUCGCCUAGUAAGCCAGAGAUUUCAUUGCCAGGCUUGUUUGAAAAAUCUUUAAAUGUGGGGUCACUGUGGUGGAGCUUAUAGAAAUUGUUGACUUCCAGAAGGUUAAGAUUGUACAACAGCUGUCAGAAUUGUUGUUGAUUGUCUUGUCUAUAAAUGUUGAUCAUUUUAAUUUAUUUUUUUAUACUUGGGUAAAUAUACUUCCUCACUUGUCAUUUCUGAACUGAAUCAUUUUAUAUGUCAGGAAAUAUGAAAGUACCACUCACCUCAGUGGGAUGCAGGCAGCCUGUAACAGCGUGAAGAGAGGAGAAAGUAAUAUUUUUUUAUUUGGUUUUGUGUAUAAAGACUCAAACUAACAAAAGAUUCACCAUUGGCUCCCUCCUGCCAGGCCAUCAAAAAGCCUGUCAGAAGGCCGAGUGUCUGCUAUAGCAAGUGUGAAAUUUAUUGUUCAUUUGUUCCCUUAUGGCUUUGUUGUUUUGUAAAUUUGUUUUUCUCUUGCUAUGUAAAUUUGACCAGUAUCCUGUCUUUGGAGGAGUGGCGUUUUCUAACUGUACACUGUAGGCGAGGUUGUCAGAGUAUUUAAAUAAAGUUGAUACAUGAUCAACCAGUUACAA